AUGACGAUGUUAAGCCCCAAAAGCUUGGUGUUCACCCUGUGCAGUAAGUUGUUUUUUUUUCCUUUAAUGUAAAAUCUUAAAGAAAGUGAAUGUGAUUGAAAAUUAAAACAUGUUGACCUGUUUUCAUUGGUUUUGACUUUUAUUCACAGUUUCUCUGAGUUGGGUCACCAGAGCAGCAAAGCUGGUCAUUGUGUCUGGAUAUGAGGGACAGGCAGUAAAUAUUUCUUGCUCCUACGAUUCAGGUUAUGAAUCUUUUGAGAAGUACCUGUGCAGGAGCGACUGUGGUGACAGUGAUGUUCUUGUUACAACGACACAGGCGAGGAAAAACAGAUACUCUAUCUCUGAUGACAAACGGAAACGAGUUUUCACAACGACCAUCUCUGAUCUGAGACAAACAGAUGUUGGGAAGUACUGGUGCGGUGUGAGCAGGUCUGGGAAGGAUCUUUACACUGAGGUGAAGCUGGAAGUUGGACAAGGUUGGUAAACAAAUGAAUAAAAAGGACAAGAGUAAGAGAGUAGUUCAAGUGUAAGAAAAUAACACAACAUUUAAGAGAUGAGCAACCCAAAAAUAAAAGCACUGAAAAUAACAACCAGAGGAUUUACAAUACAACAUAAGAUAAGAAGUAAAAGUAAAUAAAACAAUAAAAUUAGAUGAGGUUCAUACAGUGAGGCUUGUGGAGUUUAACAGCAGUCGUCCUUAUGAUUAAUACCAUUUAUAGUGAGCACUCAACUAGGACUGAGUCAUGGUGAAUUGACUGAUUCUUUGGUGCCUCAGACUUUUUUUUAUUCUUACAUUUCCUAAUAGUUUCAUUGUGUGUGGCAAGACCAAGUCUCAAUGAGUUAUCAUCUCCUCAAUAUGUUUUUAACAGAAACGUCAAAAAAAUAGUCUGAUUUGACCUCACAGAGCACAGAAGAGGAAAAAUACUAAAUAUAUAAACUUGGGGACAUGAGUUAUUGUGAAGUUCCUGAUAUUCUUUCCUCAAGAAAGAGACGUUUUUUUAAAGGAUUUAAAUUGAUUAACCUAGAUGCCAUAAAUAGGUGCCCGUUCCCUUGCAGUUCUCUUGUCUACAAACCUUUUAAAUUGUACAUCUGGAUCUUGAGGCUGCAUAUCUCUAAAAAAACUGAGGUUUAGGACCUGAUUGGGGAAAACCAGCUUUAGUCCUGCUGCACACAUGGUGCAAUAAUCUUCUGCUGACGGCUGGACUGCGCAAUAUGAUGACUGUUUUCAAAGAGCUACCGGGGAAAAAACUGCCAUAGUUUUAAAAUGUGAAAAAAUUACAAGGGACACAAGUACAAGUAAAUGUUCAUAAAUGUAUUAUCAACAUUUUUAACUGUGUGUUUUGCUUUUUUAAUAUUUUCUUUUGUUUAACUUGUAUUGCUGCACCCCUGGGAAACAGGCCUCAGAGUAGUUUGUUUUUCUCAGUGGGUGUAUCCUGCUGAGAGAAAAAGAUGAUAUAUGUAAUCUUUUAAACAGCUUAUGAUAGAUAUCUUUUUUAACUUUUUGUAUUGUAAACUUAUAAACACCUUUCAAAUCAUAGUGAUUCUCCCAACCUGAAAAUAACUUUUGCAUGGAGCAUAGAAGUGGCUUUGGUUUUGCUCUGAACAUGAUUUACUUUAUCUUGUUGGAAAGUAUGUCUUCAAAUUUCAUUACAUGGGAUUUAAGAAAUAGUGGGUUAGUUUGAGCACAACAAUAGUCUUACUGAUUAUGAGUAUGGUUAAUUUUUGCUGAACAAUUAGCAAAUUUAGCAGAACAACAACGUAAAUGUAUAAUUGUUUAAUAAACAGAUCCCUAUAGUUUAACACAGUGAGACACAUGGAACAAUAAAAGAGCAAUAUAGUAUAUGUAAGGCCCUAUAAUUUCAUAUAUAUUAUGAUUUAAACAGGGAUGCUAUGGAUUUAGAGAUUUUCCUUAGAUUUUUCAUAGUCAGUAUAUUGUUUCCAUGUGAAUGUAUAAUCAAUCACAACUCCAAGGUUUAGUCUUCAAAAGUCUUUCAGACACAGUCUCCCUACAAAUUUCCUUGUGAUUCCCUAAAAAUCAGAAAUUUAGUUUUCUUAAUGUGAAGAGACAAUUUGUUAACACCAAACCAAGUUUUAAAUGUUCAACGCCAGACAAACACAAACAAAAUUCAUUUGUCUAAUGCAGGGGUGGACAACCAUGUGCCAUGGAGAGCCGAGAGGCUGCAGGUUUUCUUUCAAAGCCAAAACUCCACCAGGUGAUUUCACUGAUUACCUUACCUCCAAGCAGAGAGCAGGGACUAAUCAGUGAAAUCACCUGGUGGAGUUUUGGGUUGGAAAGAAGACCUGCAGCCUCUCGGCUCUCUAUGGCACAUGGUUGUCCACCCCUGGUCUAAUGCAACACAUAUAAAAAUUUAUAACACAACAAAUGUCAUUGGUAUAAAGUAAAAAGAGAUCUUUGGGUGACUCCACAUGGAAUCUUUCUGAACUCUGGUAGUGUGUCCUCAGUUUGUAAACACUCCUGUCUGUUUUUGAAGCAACAUUCCACACAGAAAAGUUGCACAGUUUACUUUACCCUAUACUUCUCUCUUUUUUUAUAUAACCGUCUGUGCCUCUGCUUUCUGCAAGUUAGUGUACAAACCAAUGAAACACUCAGUCUUUCCAUUUGCAUUUGUUAUUUCCUCCUUCAUUUGCAUUCCUGCAUAAGUAGUGGUCCAGCACUGCUGAUGUUAACAAGUUCAACAAUUUUCUGUUAGACAGUUGCUGUGAUGGAUCGACCAAACUUCAAAGUUAUGAGGAAAGUUCAGUGUCCUUCAGAUGUCCAUAUGAGCCCAAGGACCAGAACAAUCUGAAGUACCUGUGCAGAGGGAAGCAGCCCUCCACCUGUCUGCAGCAGGCACUGAUCACAUCUGACCACCAACAAAAAGGACGAUUCAAUCUUUCUGAUAACAAACAGUCCAGGGAAUUCACAGUGACCAUUGCCAGUUUGACCCUAAAUGACUCUGGGUCAUACCUCUGUGGUGUCCAAAGAAACCCCAGACUGGAUGUUUUCACAGCUGUUGAUUUGGAGGUCAAAGGUCAGAGGUCUUGUCUAUUCCUUUUAUAUCAUAUUUAAAUCAGCAUUAUGCAUAUAAUAAAAAAGGUUUAUUCUUUUAGAAAUGCUUCAAAACAUAUGUUACAAGGAAGCUAUUUCUUUAAUCAGGGUAUUUAAAAUGUUCCUCUAUUCAACAGAGUGGUGCUGUGUGGAGUCCAGUGAACUGAGAGGCACUGUGGGAGGUCAAGUUACCAUGCAGUGUCCCUAUCCACCACAGCACAAGAACAACAGGAAGUUCAUCUGCAAAGGAGACCACCGUACAAGCUGUGCAGACAUGAUGAGUCAGAGCAGGUUCUCUCUGCAAGAAAAUGUUUCUCUGAGCUCUUUCUCAGUGAGGAUCACAGAGCUGAAAGCAGAGGAUGCUGGGACAUACUGGUGUGGGUCAACUCCCCAGUGGAGGGUGGGAAACUACACCAAGAUUCACCUGUCAGUGGGUAAGAUCAUGACGAGAGCAACAGAGUCCAGAUACACAAUCUUUUCUAUUGUAUUUUUUUAAAGAAGAGUGCUAAAACUAAUGAUUCAUUAUAAGAAUAUUUUUCCCGACAGACUCUGCACAUCAGACCUCUACUGUAGUCCCUGACAAAAAUGUCACAGGCAUGUGUUUGCACACACUGCUAAAACAUUUACUGACCACUUGUGAAAACAGAACACCAAAUUUGCUUAAUGUGUUUUUGGUUUUCAGGAUCGUGCUUCAGGUUUGAGUGUGAUUUGAAGAGUGAAAUUGGGAAGUUGUUAUAAGUACUCUUUCACCUUUUUUUUCAAGAUGCAUCACAUUUCCUCUCUGUGGGCGUCAUCGUGCCCACUGUGUGUGGCGUGCUGCUGCUCAUGCUGACAUUUUUGGUUGUAAUGUGGGUCAAUGACGUAUAAGGUUUUUCAACAUGCCAAUUUUAAAAUACCAAAAAUAAGAAUAUCUUUUGCAACAAUUCAAACACUAAGGAUGUUAUGUAUACAAAAACUAAAGUUUAAUUUUUAAAUUAGGCAAUUUUAGUGUUUUUUUAUAUAGAUGAAUUGCCUGUGGCCUUAAAAAAUGUCAUGUGGUGCGACCAUCAUUUAUCUCAAAAUUAUUACAUUUUUUCAACAUACUCCAUAGUUUUUUACAAAUUUUCGGUAAUAUCAAGUACAUAGGAACAAAGCGUUUGCAUUUUAUUUGAGUUUUUUUAAAUAAUUAUCUCAUAUAUUAGCUCUAUAAUGUCACAGACGCUAUAUCAAAUGUAGUUCACUGACCAUUUUUUUCUUUAAAUUGCAUAAUACUGAUAAAAAUGUUUUGAAACUACCUUUCAUGUAAGCAUAUUGUAUCAGGUUUUAAUGUCUCAGUUACAGAAAUGAGAUAUUUUAGUUUGUAUUUGAUAUAAUUAAUGUUAUUAUUGGUCGCACCACAUGAUUGGUGGUCGCGCCAAAUGACCUGAAGACCUUGUAUCAUUAAAAAUCAAUUUAAAGAGACCUAUGAACAGUUAAUUUCAUGCAAAUUUUAUAUUAAAACCAAAUUUUAUUAACAUUUCAAACAUGAACACGAACAUUUUAUUUCCCUUUUUUACAAAAAUUUAACUCUGUGUGUGUUUGUGUAUGUGGUCCAGAGACCUGCACUUUGAAGCUGGAUUAACACACCCAGGAUAACUCUGCCACAGCUCGCUAAACUUCACCAGAUCUCCGUAACCCCGAUCAGCUGUACUACGAGGCAGGAUAUCAACUCGCUAACUAAAUUCAGUUGUGGUCAGUCUAGAUCUGUGCGCGCACACGUAAAGGGGGCGGGGUCAGUGCCACCGGACCAAUCUCCACAUUGAAGACGGCUGCACGUCAUAUUUUACAGGCGAGGAACAGAGCAUCAUUUUACGCAAAUACGAGGAGUACCGCAACAUUAUAUCAGUGAGGAGCAGGACAGCUACAGCCGCUAAAAUCCAGAGGGACUGCUGGCAAAAAAAAUCAUUGAUUGUGUAAAUUACAUUUGUGCGUUCAUAAAUUUAUGGCCCCCUUAUAUGUUGUCAUGCAGCAUGUGUGAUAACCUCCAUCAUUGACCUCAUUAUUUCAGAUACAACAGCAGUGGGGAAAAGAGUACGUGGGAGCAAAUAAAAAUAAAUCUAAAAACAUCCGUCAAAGUGGUUAGCUGGUUUACUGGAAGAUUUUAUUUGCACAUAUUUCAACGCGUAAACAGUGAUUUCCUCACACUGCCUUUUUUUCUUUCUUCAUCAUCUGAUGGUCACAUGUCAUCUGCAGACACAUUUGGGGUUAAGAGGAAUUUUCUAAUCUGCUUCAAUAAAUUCUGAAUGAUGACUGAUAUGCCGCAUGAAACUUGAACUUGGCAAAUAUUAGUGUAUUGCUUCGACUUCAUGUUACCUGACUAUUGAGGCCGUCCUAGGAAAACCUGUAACGUUCAUAGAGAACUUCAUCAGGUAAAUCAAACGGAUUUGAACGAUCAUGAAUAUAACGCUCUCAGCGAAGCGCUCCUCUCAUCAUCCGCGCAGCGAUGUCAACAAUCUUGGCCCAAUCUUUGACCAGCCCUGGCAUGAACAACAUGCUGCAGGGUCAGAGUUGACGCGCUGCCUAUGGCGAGCGCUUUUAACUUUGCUCGGCAGUGGCAUCUGGUAAAAUAAAUUAAAAUGACUUAAAUUGAUACAUGAAAGUUAAUAAAUUGCUAACAACGGCAUAAAUACCUUAAGUGAAAUGGAAUGCUUUUAAUAUUUUUUUCUUAUUUUGUACAGAGAUGACCUAACCAUUAUUUCAGAAAUGUUAGCAAAAUGACUAAUCAAAUAACAAAAAAAAUUCAAAAUAAUACUAAAAAUUAAGUACUUAGUGUUUAUCAAUCAUCAAUUGAAUAUAAAAAGCGUAAAUACUGCCAACCUAAGGCAUAUAUUUAUGACGGAAAACAAUCUGCAGUGGUCGCACCACAUGAUAAUUGGUCGCACCACAUGACAUUUCAAAUUCAGUCAAAUCUUACUGAUACAGGAUUAGUCACAUAAACAAACCUCACUAGCUUCCCACAAAAGGUCAUUAUGAAAUUUAUAAUUAAAAUACUUAUUUGUGGAAAUAACUUAAAUUAAUUGUUUUUUCUGAGGUCAUACCACAUGACAUCGAAAAGUGCAAACACCAUUACAGCAGUUGAAAAGGUCUUUUUUUUUUUUAAAGAAAUGAGAGAGCCACCAACCCUCUUUCUGCUUCCAUAGCUCUACGACAAAAUGGUGAAUGAUCCAACAUCCUGUCCUUGAGUAAAUUUUAGCAUAAAAGUGUCAAAAAUUGUCAUUUUUUGAUGGUCGCACCACAUGAUAUUUAAUGAAAUGGACACGAUCGGACAAAAUUUAUUUGAAUAUUAUGAAAAUAAUAUAACUGCAAAAGCUUUGCAAUUUUGUACAGGAAUAAAAAACACUUUCAAAAUUAUGCCGAAUAUUGCAGAAACUAAAUUGUAAUAGAUUUAGAGUAAUUUCAAAGAAGUUUUCAAAACAGAAGUCAUGGCUGGACUGUCGCACCACAUGAUAUUUUGACCCUUUGAAGUUCAGAAAAAUUACCAAAAACUCCUGAUUUUUGAAAAGUUGAAGUGGCUACAUAUAUUAGAGAGAUACUACAAAUAGAUAGUAUAUUUUUUUACAUUUAAAACUCUUUGUAACAUAAAGAAAAUACAGCCGGACAGAAUAUUGAGGCGUCACGUCAUUGACCCAUAUGCAAAUACAAAUGUCGUAAAGUCAAAGGUAGGUUUAAAAAAUGCCCAGAGCCAUGUGUUAUGGACACUUAUAACCUGUUAACAGCUGCUUUCAUUGUUUUUCUCUUUGUAUUUCAAGGAGAUGAAGUCAAAGUGAACAGGCACCAAACCAAGAAAACAGAAGCACAAGACAUGAUCAGUGUGGCAGAUGUAAGGAAGUGAAAGUUGACUUGCUGAUAGAAACAUAAAAUGAGCACAGCUUUGGUUUGUGACCAGUUUCCUGUAAAGCUGCGUUAGGCGUGCUGGAGAUCAUUUCUUUCUGAUGCUCAAACCAUCUUUCAUUACUGUUUAGAACAUUAGGCAUUUAAAUGUUUUUAAUAACACAUCUGUCAUCCUUUUUGGUGCCUUUUCUCUCCAGAUGUAUCAGAAUCAUGAUGCUGUUGUGCGCUCAAAGCAGGGGACCUCCAUGUAUAAAUAUACUGCUGGGAAUGAAAUUGUUCUUGGUUUCAUAAUCAUUUUAAUUUCUUAUUAUUAA